AUGAAAAACAAUACAAUGACUUGGACUAAUAGCACAAUAAACAUCCAAGAUAGCGAAGCCUACUCAAAAAUCAUACACACCUGGGGAACAGGCGACAGCAUAAAAGGCCUGCUUUUGGGGAUGGCUUCUGCCCCUCUCCUUCUCGUUUCCGUUUACUUCUUCAAAGCCAGCCCACGAUUCUUCUCCAAGGAGCACGGGAUCUCUCUGCUUGCGUACAUGUCCAGUGCCUUCCUCGCUUCCCUGGGCAUCCUUCUCUUUGGCCUCCCCAUCAUCAUCACUUCCUUCCAGGUUCUUCCCAUUCUGAACCAGAUAUUUGUCAGCUCUUUCACCCUUACAAUCGAAACAGUCUCAGCAAUCGCCCUUACCAUCAUAAGCAUCUAUCUUUCUGUGGUGGGGUACAGAGACAUAGAGCAGAGCGCAGGGUUCAGCUGGAUAUCCAUAAUCAUGUUCCUUGUCAUCCUUGCUCUUGCCAUCAUGAGGCUUUCUUCACACGGCGAUGCAAUAAGAAGAAAAUUUGAGCUCGAAAAAGUGUCUGAUCUAACGUGCAUGCUCGUGCUGUCCUUUGAGGCCGCUGUGGGCUUUGGGGCCCUGUGCUCAUUCUCGUACAUUUUUACGCUCUUCCUUCCGGUGGUGGCUGUCCUUACGAGCAUGUCUUUUUUGCUGUCGAUUGAGAAGGCUCUCUACUACUACCCCGCCACUGCAGUUAUUCCUAUUUUCACUGUAUUCCUGAGAGUCUUUGGGGCUGCUAUUUCUGUUUGCAUGUACUCAAAGUCGUUUAACCCCUUCGUCCUGUUCUCGCUUAUCACAGGCGCUGUCUCCUCUAUAUUUCCUUUAAUACUGGCAUAA